GCUAUGUCAUGUCAUGUGUUGAUGUGUCAUUCCAUUCCAUUACAAAAUCAUAUAAACCGUGUCAUUUACUUGCUGUCAUUGCCCUGUUGUUCUUUCUACCGGUCGCAUAAUUUUCCUGUGUGUAUUAUAAGUGAAAAUGGUUACGACACUUGAAUUGCAUGGAUAUGACGAGUUUCAAAAAUAUGUUGCAAACAUAGAUCCAAAUAGCCGUUCAGUAGUAGUGUACUUCACUGGAGAAAAGCUGCCUUCUGGACUUAGUUGGUGCAUUGAUUGUGUUGAAGCUGAGCCUGUAGUCAAGGCUUACCUGAAUGAGCUGAAAAAAGAAAUUACAUUUGUCUUUGUUGAUGUCGGCAACCCUGAAACGUGGAGGAACAAAGCUUGCCCAUUCCGGACAGACAGCCGCACAAGACUCAUGGUGAUUCCAACAAUCAUUGUUUGGAAUGGCGUGCAGAGACUGGAAGGCAGCCAGUGCGCAAAGAGGGAACUACUAAACAUGCUGUUUGAAGACGAAGACUGAAGGCUGAAGAUCACGGAACUGCUCUAAUCUACCUGAUAUAUUAUAUUCUUGUAUAUAACACGUAUGUACUCAUAAGAAAGUGGAGACAAAAAUCGUUACAAAAUC